UCUUCUUCUCCUUUUCCUGGUAGUUUCAUUUCAUCUUACACGCCCUUGACUUCACAUUGACGUUGAUCGAAGCUCCCAGGAAGCUGUGAUCAUUCAGUGUACCUCUUCCUCUUCUGCUCCUUCUUCAUUCCAUCAGCGAGCUGUGCGUGAAAUCAAACAAAAAGCCAGAUUCAAUGGCCGUCCAAUUGAGAGCUUCUUCUUCUUUCUCCUCUGCUUCCUCCACCCGUUCAGACACACACGAUGUGUUUCUGAGUUUCAGAGGCGAGGAUACUCGCUACGGUUUCACAGGUCAUUUGAACAGGUAUUUGGUUCAAAGGGGGAUCAACACUUUCAUAGAUGAUGAUGAACUUACAAGAGGAGAAGAAAUAUCAGAAGCACUUCUCCAAGCAAUUGAAGAAUCAAAGCUCUCUCUCGUUGUGUUCUCCGAAAACUACGCAUCCUCAAAGUGGUGUUUGGAUGAACUGGUUCAUAUCCUUGAAUGUAGAAGAUCAAAGAACCAAAUGGUUCGGCCAAUCUUUUACAAAGUAAAUCCCUCCGAUGUAAGACACCAAAGAGGUAAAUUUGGUGAGGCACUUGCAGAGCAUGAACGCAGAUUCAAAGGUGAAAUGGACAAGGUGUUCAGAUGGAAAGCAGCUCUUUCAGAAGCAGCAAAUUUGUCUGGGUGGCCCUUCUCGCAGGGGCAUGAAUAUGAAUCUAAAUUUGUUGAUAUAAUUGUUGAAGAGGUUUCUGCACAACUAAAAGAACGUACCAAUUUGGAUGUGGCAAAGUGUCCAGUUGGGAUAGACUCUCGGGUACAAGACAUGCUUGAAAUUUUAGAUGUUGGGGGAAGUGAUGUACGCAUGGUAGGGAUAUGGGGAAUUGGUGGAAUAGGGAAGACAACAAUUGCUAAAGCUGUUUACAAUACAAUUGCCCAUAAGUUUAAGUGUCGCUGCUUUUUGGCAAAUGUUAGAGCAGGUUCAGAGCAACAUGGAGGUUUAGUCAACCUACAAAACAUUAUUCUUUCAGAGAUUCUAGGGGGCAAAGAACUGAAAGUAAUCAAUGUUGAUAAAGGAAUCAAUAUGUUGCGUCAAAGGUUGAGAAAUAAAAGGAUUCUGUUAAUUCUUGAUGAUGUGAAUAAAUUGGACCAGUUAGACACAUUAGCCGGAGCACCUGAUUGGUUUGGUUGUGGCAGCAGAAUUAUCAUAACAACAAGAGAUAAGCGUUUGUUGACUGUUCACGAAGUCGAUCCUAUAUACAAGGCCAGGGAACUAGGUCAUCACGAAGGUUGUGAGCUCUUCAGUUCAAAUGCCUUCAAUAAUAAGAGAAAUUUAGAUGACAAUGAGAAGCUCUUAGUUAGUACGGUUGUUAAAUAUACUCAAGGCCUUCCGUUAGCCCUGGUAAUUUUGGGUUUACAUCUAUGUGGUAGACCUAUAGAUGACUGGCAAACUAUGUUAGAUGGUUAUAAAAGAAAUCAUCCCAAAGACAUUCGAGAUAUUCUCAAAGUCAGUUAUGAUGGACUGGAAGAAAUAGUGAAAGAAGUUUUCCUCGACAUUGCUUGUUUCUUCAAAGGUAGGAAUACAAAGGAUGUGAUACCUAUACUAGAAUCUUGUGACCGCAACAACCCCAAGCAUAGUAUUGAAGUUCUUGAAGAAAAGGCGCUCAUAAAUGUUGAUGUAUAUGGUUGUAUUUGCAUGCAUGAUUUGCUAGAAGAGAUGGGAAAAGAUAUAGUUCGUCAAGAGUCUACAGAGCCCGGUGAGCGAAGCAGAUUGUGGCAUCAUAAGGAUGUGCAUGAUGUUCUAACAGAAAACAUAGGAACAAGUAAAAUUGAAGGUAUAAUGAUAAAGAUGCCUACAGCAGAUGUGAUACGCUUGAGUCCUAAAUGCUUCAAAAAGAUGAGAAAUCUUAAAAUUUUUAUAAAUGUCAAUGGACGGUUUGGUGGAAAGGUUGAUUAUUAUCCGAAUCAGUUGCGGUUACUUGAUUGGCGUUACUGUCCGCUACAAUCUUUGCCCUUCGAUUUUAAUAUGAAGAAUCUGGUUCAACUGAGUAUGCCUUACAGCCGCAUCUCACGUUUUGGAGAAGAAUUCAAGAGUAUGAAAAAUCUGAAAUCCUUAAAUUUGAAGGGAUGUAAAUUCCUAGCACAAAGCCCAGACCUGUCUGGAAGCUCAAACUUAGAGUUCCUGGAUCUAAGUUGGUGUAGAAGAUUAGUGGAGGUUCACACUUCGGUUGGAUCCCUCGAAAGGCUUGUUCGCCUAAAUCUUGAGGAUUGCUCUAACCUUGUGAGGCUACCUGAAAAAGUCAACUGGAGAUCCCUCCAAACCAUUAAUCUUGACCAUUGCAUAAGGUUGGAGAGUUUCCCUGAAAUUGUGGGAGAGAUGAAAUACAUGAGAUACUUGAAUCUAGCCCGCACUGGCAUCAAAGCAUUGCCUUCAUCCAUUCGAUAUCUAAUUAACCUUGUAUGGUUGGAUUUAGUAGGUUGUAGAAACGUCACAAAUCUACCUUGCAGCAUUUAUGAACUGCAGAAGUUAGAGCGUGUUGAUAUGUCCAAGUGCCGAAAACUCGUAACAUUCCCAAAUAAGAUGGACUCUGAAGUGCUUCCAACUUACUCAAAGUUUUCACAUGACUCUUUAUUGAAAAAAGAGAGACGGAGUGAAGGCAGUUCAUUAGAGCCAGAGCCAGACACUGAAUUCAAUUUGGCGCUUCCUUGGCUAGGUGAAUUCUGUGCGAGUGGAUGCAAUUUGUCUAAUAUUGAAUUCCUCGCGUCCCUUGACUGUGUAACCACUUUAGAUAGACUUGAUUUAUCAGGAAGUCCCAUUGUUAUUCUUCCCGAAUGCAUCAUCAACAAAUUUGUCAACUUAAGGGAUCUGAAAUUGAGCGGCUGCACAAGGCUCGUAGAAAUUCCAGAGCUUCCACCAUGUAUUGAAAUGUUGGAUGCGAGGGAUUGCAUAUCAUUAGAAAGAAUUUCAAAGUUGUCAAACAUUUUGGAGCGUAAAGAAUCACAAAUGGUUAAGAAGAUGGACUUGACUAAUUGCCGGAGACUCUGUGAAAAAUUGGUUGAGAUGGCAAACGAGGAAGAUGAUGAGGUGGAUGCUGAUCUCUUCUCUCGACUCCUAUCUUCUCAGCAAUUCAAAUUCACAAUUACAUUUCCAGUUCCAAGAAGCGAGGUUCCAAAGUGGUUCAGCUGUCAAAUGGAUUUCAAGGGGCAUCCACGGUUUGAAUUUUAUAUCGAAACACUUCCAAAUUUCAAAUGGGACAACACAGGAUUGGCUUUCUGUGUUGCUUUUGAUACUUCUCUGUGUUGCCCUUUUCAAGUCGAUAUUCACAUCAAUGAAGUAAAACUUUCACCUCUUGGGAUACAGUAUUUUAAUUCAACUCUCCUCCCACAACAGGUUGAUUCAGAAGGGUCCGAUCAUGUGUGGCUGCAGUAUGUUCCAUUCCUUGAAAUGUGGCGAUUUGGUUAUAUGCGUCCAUUGCCACCUUUUACGUGUCGAGUCAUUAUCUUUCAUAAUCAUAAGGCGUCCUUUAGAAGUUGUGGGGUCCACCUUGUAAUGCCACUGAAUGAAGACGUUUGUAUGAAGCUAAUCCGUGCAGAGAACACCAAUAAACAUCCUGGUGAUGAAGUUUAUAAGAACUUCUGGGGCAAUUAUCGUCCCAAACAGAGGACUGACUACAAAGAAUUAUACUGAUGCCCAAUUGGGAAAACGAAGAGCUGUAAUUAUUACUAAUGCAGCAUAACAUUGUCUAUGAACCAAUGUGACGAAUACAGGUUUACAUUUUCAAAUCCUCCCUUUCUUUGAUAUCUUUGGAGUUCCAAAAUUGGUUUGUAAUAUCAAAUCUUUGUUGGCAUUCUCCAUAUGUGUGGAUAGAGUUGAACUAGUUUACCAAGCCCCGCCCGUUCCAUGUAACUAAUGAAUGCAAAAUUGCAUCAGUGAAAGGAAUAUUAAAUUUGUAAUUUAGAAGCUUGAUCUAGUGCACUAAGAGGGGUGUAUUCAAUUCAGAUUUUAAAAUAUUUUGUUUGAGUUUUUAUAAUCCAUGAAUUUACUUAAUCCACGAAUUGUUUAAAUUCGU